UCAGGCUCUACUUAUUAUCCGUGGCCGUGGCCGUGGCCGUGGCCGUGGGCUUCCUCUUCCUCGCAGAAACGCACCUGAUCGAGGUGCCAUAACCCUAGCGGCGGAUCCGGCGAGUUUCACCGCAGCACUCUCCACCGGGAUUCGGAAUAAUCCCCGUAAAUACAAUACACAAGUAAACAAGGCCUCAACGUGGAGGGAGGCGGUUAGGCUGGCUCAACCGCGCAUGCUCUAGGAGGGUGAAGUGGAGGACACGGGGAGGUGCACCUGAUCGCCAGUGAUUUUUACCGCAGCCAACAUCACAGGAGAGAUCGGCAGACAUGUCGGGGACAACCACGCCUUCGUAUUUUGUCGAGCGUAUGGUUCGUGGCGAACUGUGUCGUUUCGACACAAGGUUAGAGACUUGGCAUGAUCCCACUCCUAGGGAAUCAGAAUUUACUCUUAAGGAUCUUCGUGAGGCUUUUAUUAAGGCUGCCAGACGCAGUCUUAGCCUUGUGGACAGGUCAACAUUUAGGCCUAGCGAGGAGCAGCUUAGGCAAAGAGAAGAGCAGGAUCGCAAGUUCUUGAUUGUAGCACUGAAAGUCUAUACCAAGAAAAAUAACAUGCAGCCGACUGAACUGGAAUUUGUGGAAGUGAAACGAAGAAACCUUAUUGAUGAAUGCGGGAUAGGAUAUUUGCAUUUCAACUUUUUAGUGAAAGGAUUAGAGGGUAAACAUAUAAUGUUUUUUGCUGAAGUGCAUCAUGAUCUUGAAGAUGAGAAUGAUGUCUAUGCUUGCAUGCCUUUGAGGGAAGAUGACUUCAAACCAUCAGAAGGAAAUGACCAAGCUCCGUGCAAAGGGUGUCAAUAUCAGGCUGAAGAUCUUGUACAUCCCAGUUGUGGUGGCUUCUUAGGUGGGCACAAGUAUGGUUUCGUGCCGUAUUGGGACAGUGAUGAAGAGCGUGAUGAUGAAUUCUGUUAGUGGGAAGUUUGUGUUAUUCAGUUGUGUGAGAGGAGAGCUAUUGCAAAGUGACAUGAUCUGUACUCAAGAAUCCUAUCCUCCAUGAACAUAUUUAAUGUAGUGUGUCUCAGUUCUGUGACAGAAGCGGUCUUAAUUUAAUUUUGUGCAUACUAGAAA